UUGCCAAAGGUGUAAUAAAACGAAUACCUUGUUUGUGUGCAUAAUAUUUGCGAAAAUUCUACAAACAAGGAUAAAAGUUAGGUUGAACAUAUUGAAGAAAAUUCCAUAAAUGAAACUAACAUCUGGAAAGGAUGGGUGUUCAAGGAUUAACAACAAUUGUAAAUAAAAACGAGAAGAUUUUAUUUAAAGAUAAAGAAAUUUCAAAGACUAAACUGGUUAUUGAUGGUAACAGUCUAAUUUACUAUCUAUAUGAGAACCGGUAUAUCAACCUAAAACAUGGCGGAGAUUAUAACGAUUAUGCUGACAGAAUUAAAACAUUCUUCAGUGCACUGAGGUCUAAUCAAAUAUGUUCAUAUGUUGUGAUGGAUGGUGGAUACGAAAUAGACAGAAGAAAACAUGAAACUCAUGUACGUAGAGCGAGAGAAAGAAUAAGUAAAUCUAGAGAAACCUCUAGCUCGGAGGCUAGAUUUGCUCCUAUGCUCUGCCGUAUUACAUUCCUAGCGGUAAUCGAAAAAAUGAAAAUACCUUUUGUUGUCUGUGAUUUUGAAGCCGAUCACGAUAUUGCUACUCUUGCAAAUGCAUUCCAAUGUCCAGUUUUAUCAAAUGACAGUGAUUUCUUUGUGUACGAUUUAAUAAAAGGAUAUAUACCCUUAGAUACAUUGUCUGUCUCAGAAUCGUCCUGCAUAGGCAAAGUCUAUUAUGCAAAAUACAUGCAGAAGGUUUUCCCUGGUUUGCAAAUACCGAGAUUACCAAUAUUAGCUGUUACGUUGGGAAGUGAUUACAUCAAAAGGAAGAACUUAUAUAAAUUUUACUCAGCUUUACCUGAUGAUCGGAGUAUAAAUAAUCUAACCGUGAUACAAAGUAAAGCGAUUCGGUGGUCUAUAAGUGCUUCACUUGACGAUGCUUCUUCAAGAUUGGAAGAGAGUCUUCCGGAAACAUUACGUAAAUUUGUUAAAAUGUCCCUUACAAUGUUUUCAGAUAUAACAUGUUUUGAAGGUUUUGAUCUUGUUCAAUAUUUUUUGAAUAAGAAUACGAAUACAACAGACAGAUUAAAGGAAAAUCAUCGGACAGGUAAAAUACCUGUAUGCGCUCAAAAUAUACUUAAUUUGCAAGAAAUAUUUCUUCUAUGUGAAGUUGAGAACAUUUAUAGAAAAAGAUCAAUACACAGAUCUACUAUUCGAUUAAGAAAAGCAAUAUAUGCAAUGUUGUUGGGAACUGCUGAAACAAACAUAUUUGAGUAUGAUCGUUAUGGUGGAUCACUUGUGCGCUUUAAAUGCACAUCUACAUCGACUGAUGGAGUGCAAAUGCCUAAAUAUAUAGAAAAGAUAAGGGAUAAUGAGAAAAUAGAUAUUCUAUGUUCAAUCUUCAGAUUUGAAAACAAAGAGGUAUUAGAUAAAUUCUCUGGUAAUACAAAAUUGUUUGUCCUCUUUUUAACGUACUGGGUGAAGCACGCUAAACCGAAUGUGGAUUCAAUUUACAUAAAGAGUUUGAUUUUGUGUCAUAUUGUUCUUACCGCAAGGACAAUUGUGAAAACAAAAAACUAUCAAUCCGGAAACUCGAUUGACCGGAUUUUGUUAAACAUGCACAAAUUAUGUGUCGACGAAUUGAAAACCCUAUUAAAAAGAUCUGAAAAAUAUUUUUUAAAGGAUUCUUGUAACUUUUCAAUUGGAAUUGUGCAUGGAUUUUCACAUUAUCAAUCUUGUUUUGCUUUUGGGACCUAUUUGAAUCAGCUUUUAGGAUGUCCAAUUCCUCUGAUAAGCCCACAAGAAGUGUUUAAUGGUACAUUCCUUCAUAACAUCUAUGUACGUUGUCAAAACUACGAAGAUGAAAAAGUAGACAGAAAAAUUAAGACAUUUUUCCAGAAUAACGAAAGUUUAGGAAAACUUUUCGACGACUUAGUAUCUGCAGUAAAAGAAAAUGUGAACAGCACGAGAUGGAAAGUGAAAAGAAGACAACAGAGUGCCAAAAUUUCUCUAUUUACUGGAGAUUCUGGAACUUUUAGUUUUAACAUCUUUAAUCUACUUAGAAGGGAUGUUGAAGCUUGAGAUAAACGAUAAAAUUAUGAUAAAAAAUCAAUUUUAGGAUAGACGAAAUUUAAUGGAACUUUUCGGUGGACCAAAUCAUUAUGUGCAUGUAACUAAUAAUUACCGAUCACAAUUUAUUUUACUUUUUGUGUACUUAGUUUGUCUUAAAUGUAUACCUACAAAAUUAACUGUAUCCUAAAUGAAUUCCUUGUAAUGCAAAGUAUCUGCCAACAAGACGUUUGUAUCUGCCAUUUCUAAAUACCAAAUAUGUUAAACCUAAUCAUUGUUGAAAUGCUGACAAAAUACAAAACCAUUCUGUUCAGCAUUAUUGGAGAAAUGUGUGCAAAUUUUUUUAACAUUCUGAAAAAGUCGAAAAUAUCAGCCAAAAGGUUGAAGAUAUCUAAUAGAUCGAACAAGCGCAAACGCGUUAAAACUCACCGCAAUCAAUUUGAUUAAAAAAUAAACUCAUUUUGUUUGGUA